GAUAAAUAACCUUGAUUAGUUAAUUGGUGACAGCUAAAGAGGGUUGAUUUGUUCAAAAAAAAAAAAGAGGGUUGAUUAUCAUUUUAUUAAUAUAUCAACACCCGUAGAGUAACAUCGUAUUCUUAAAAAAAAGACUCACCAAGUUGAUUGAUUUACUUUUGGCUAUAUAAUCAUAUACAUGCAUAUCUGUUAUAGGCAUUUUCAUACUUAGCCACGAUAAGAAUGGAUACACAUUUCUGGUCCCCCGACCAUAGAGAUGAGGUUCCUUUCGAUGAUCGGUGGGAGAUCGCUUUUACUGCGAAGUCUGUGAUAAAGAAUCUUAAUCGUUCUCCUUCCAAUUUUUGUGGCGACUGUCUGGAGCAUAUUGAAGACAAUGAUUUUCGCUGGCGUUGCAGUUUAUGCAUCAAGAAGUGGCAUCUUCGUUGUGUCCCAAGCUCACCGGACGAUAUAAACCACCCGUUCCAUCCAUACCAUCCGCUGGAGCUUCUCAUUGAUGUCCCACGACCACCUGAUCACUCCAAGAGUAAAUGCGAUGAAUGCCAGCAAGAACUCAAGAGCUAUUUCUACCAUUGUUCGCUAUGCGAUUUCAGCAUGCACGUGAGGUGUUCCAAGGAGCCACCACCACCGAUUGUGGAAACAGCGAAGUGCCACGAGCAUACACUUACAUGUAUGGUUAGAAAUGACACCUUCACUUGCAACGCUUGUGGUACCCAUGGUGAACGAUGCCCUUACGUAUGCGCUCCAUGCGGUGUCAUGUUCCAUUGGGAAUGUAUCAAGCUACCACACGUCAUAAACAUCAAUCGCCACAACCACCGAGUCUCUCACACCUUUUCUCUUGGUUUUGGGAAGAGGAAAUGCAUGAUUUGUCACAAGAAGGUGGAUUGGAGGUACGGAGCUUAUUCAUGUUCCACAUGUCCUGAUGAUUAUGUCGUUCACUCAAAAUGCGCAACUAGAAGUGAUGUGUGGGAUGGGGUAGAGCUCGAAGGGGUGCCUGAAGAAUAUUUUGAUGUUUUGCCAUUCGAAGUUAUUGAAGAGGGAAUUUCAAUUAAACAUUUUUCCCAUGAAGAACAUAUCUUAUACACGGUUGAAGAUGAGGAUGAUAUGACUGACGGAAGCAUGCGUUGUGAAGCUUGCGUCCAUCCUAUCUUUUCCGAGGCUCACUACAAGUGUAUGGAAUGCCACUUUAUCAUCCACGAAACAUGUGCUAAUCUUCCUCUUCGAAAACGACAUUGGCUCUCCACGACGCCGUUUUAUUUAAACGCCAAUGACAAUGAUACAAGCGACUCUUUCUUUCGGUGUGGUGCAUGUCAAACAAUAUCCAAUGGUUUCAGGUACGAGAGUGAUAAGGGAGUAUCACUAGACAUGCGAUGUGCGUUCGUGAUCUCAUCGUAUAGUGAUCAUGAAUGUCACCCGCAUACCCUCUUUAUCACUACCCUGGACGAGGGAAAUUGUGGGGGCUGUAAGCUCACCAAAAAGCAUGUGCUACGUUGUACUGAAUGUGAUUUCUCAUUGUGCUUGGCGUGUGCUACUCUACCGAAAAAGAUAAAACGCAAGGGUGAUGAGCAUUUUCUAUUCUUGCGCCAUGGUGAGAAAGAAGUCAGCGGGCAUAAUCUUACACUCUACGGCGCAAGAGUCUGCACUCGCCACCACGGGGAAGAGAUAAUACAACUUGUUCGCAAUGACCGUUCUACGAGACCUAAAUGCGCCUCAUGCGGCUCUCGUUGCCUACCUCCCCUUAUUUUAAAGUUCUACUUGGUGGAUACUUAUGAGGUUUAUUGUUGUAAUCUUGAGUGUUCUCUCAAAUUUCUGCUAGACUCAGCACAAGACUUUAACCAGUAUUUUCAAAACUGGACCAGACCAGCCGGCCGAACCGGUCCAACCAUAACUCCUUUAGUUGGUUGAGUUCGGCGUAUGCCCAAACAAAUGAAAUGUAUAAUUUAAUAAAUUAAGUAAUAUGUUUUUUAUGACGGUUUGUUGUCUUUUAGUUUUUAGUGUUGGUUCUUUUAGGUUUCAUCUUAUGGUUUAUCCUCUUGUAUUGCUGUCUUUGUCUCUCCUAUGGUGGGUUGUUGGCUCCGGUAGCGGUUUACCGCUAGUUGGCUUUGUAUUCCGUUAAUGUUUUAAUAUAACACCGGUUGACAAACAAAAAAUUAGUAAAGUAGGUAACUCAGUUGGUUUUUGGAUUUUUCAUUCUUCUUCUUUUCCGAGAUGACAAGAAACCUUGUAAUUCGGAAAAGGUAUCUAAUGGUGGCCUUAGCCUAUUUUAGUUACUAUUUACUGGAGAUUUCCAUCCAUUACAUCUUGAACCCGAUUAAUGAUUGUUCAAACAAUAGCCACAAAUUAUUACUUUUUCCUGUGGUGAACAAUUUAUUAUAAAUGUUUGAGCUCAGGUAUGAAAACCUAAUCUUUGGUUACUUAACAUUUGCAAUAACAGCUCAUGUGCUCAUGUCAAAGGCAAUAGAACCAUUUUUUCCUGUUGUGAACAAUUCAUUAUAAGAGUGGGAAGUCGAGUUGGCAAUUGUGCUCAUGUCAAAAGGCAAGAGACAUCUAGAGCAUUAUAUUAUAAAUUUGUUGAUCCAUCAUGUUACUGAUAAUGAAUUUGUAUAGGUGAUUGAAUUGGGUGGAGUUCCAACGAUUGGCGACUUAACUGCUAUAAGAGCUCCAUUAUGCCUUCAGUCUUCUUGGCUACUCUUUUGGCGACGUCUCAAACUUUGUUAAAAAUAUUUUUUUGAAACUCAUUUAAUUAUUUUGGUUUGCGAUAAAGAUGUGAAUAAUUAAUUUUUGUAAAAAAAUGGUGAAAAUGUAUUUCUUAAAUAACAAAAUAAUUAAUAACAGGUUUCUAAACAUAAUCAAAUUAGAGUAUUGACUUUCUACAGUUAUAUUGAAUAUUAAAAUACCACACGUGAUGAGAUAUGAUUGAUGCUUAUAGUUUGUUUUGUUUUUAUUAGUUAAUAAGUAAAUACGAAGAUUAGAAUUAGAUAUAUUUUAAAUUUUAUAAACAUAAUUUUAAUUAAAUCUAAAUUUAAUAUUAGAAAACAUAUAAAUGGACUUUAAAUUUUUUUUGGACCAUUCCACAUGCAAAUAGACGGCCCUAAAAGCUAGUGUAAGCCAUUAAAAAUGAGUUAAGUGGACUAUAUAAACUAAAUGAAUGCCAUAAUUUAUUGCGGCCCACUGCACGAUGAGAUCAUCAUGUUCUGCUUGGACCUUGGAGAACUUGAUGCAGCCAUUGCCAAUUUGCCAUAGUUGCAGAUAUGGAAACCAGAUGGAUUUAUGUCCCUGACCAAGCUCUUGACAAGGUCAUAUCUGCUAGACACUCCAAUGAGAGUCCAAAGUCUGAGCAUGAAGAGUCACCAUCAUUAUCUACUAAGCUGUUAGUAUCUUCUUAGUGUGAAGCUCUAUAUAAGUAACAGAAAUAACCAGAAGCAGCUGUGUCAUGCUUAGUUAUGAAAGUUUUGUUUAAAAAAAAUCGAAUUCAGAGAAAGUUUAAUUUAAGCAGAAAAGUAGUUCCAAGUGU